AUGGCCAGCUCAGCUCGUCAGCUGGCGGACCACAGACUAUUCUCCAAGCAGCUGGAUGAUAAGAACUCGAAGUCGCUUUGCGGGCCCCUAAAAGGCUGUCGAGGUCCACGCCUUGCCCGCCACCUAUCUCUUUGCCUCCCACUCUCCCGCCCUUGGUCUGCUCGACCAACCUCUCCGCAGCGAUAUUUCGACGAGAUGGCGCCGCUCCGCCACAUCGCCACCGCCGCUUUGUCGGUACGACUCCGCAGCCGGUUCACGAGGACGCUACGGAGCCACGCUCGCUCGUUUUCCUCUGCCGCACACCGCCGGGCGAUGCACCAAGAGAUGGACGCGCCUCACUACCACGGCGACAUGAUCGACCUCUCGCACAUCAAGCUGUUCAAGGUCGGGCCUCGACCUGCCGACGACACCACCUCCAGCGGCGACUCGGGCUGGCCGCGCAAGCCGUGGCUCAACUCGUCGAGGCGGGUCGGGCGCAGCAUACGGGCGACCCGGCUGCAGCACGAGUUCCGCGACGGCCUGCGCCGCGCGCACUACCACAAGGCCAGUCGCAAGCUCCGCGUCCGCCCUCCGGCGGCUGGGCGUGUCAUCGAGGCGGCAGUGCGCGAAGAGAUCAUCAAGAGCGCCGUCAAGCUGCUGCAUCGCCUGGACCGUCGAAGGCGCAGGGCGGACUGGGAGGAGCAACGACAGCUCCGGGCAAGCCUGCAGGCGGAAAAACGGGACAAAGCAAGCCUUCAGGCGGUGAAGACGCGCCAGGACCGACUGAUCCUGCAACUGAACCGUCAGCUCGAGGCAGAGCGCCGUCAGAACCAGCAAAAGGACCGUCAGCUUCGGCGACUGAGAAUGGUUCGGCUCCAGACGGCCAGCGUCGUCGAUCCUUCUGCCGUUCCCCGCAUCGAGCCGUGGCGCUGGCUGUCCGAGGCCGGCCGUCAACUCUGGCUCGUGGCCAAACGCAGCGUAGUCAACCAGCUGACUGCGAUGCAGCGCCAGUCCGACCUCGUCCGGCUCUACACGCAGCAGACCCUCGUCAAUCACCGCGCCGCGCUGCGAGAACUGCCGCACCGCCUUGACCAGAGGCUGCAGUCGAUGGUCUACCCGGACACGACGCUGCCGCCUGCCGAACGGGCCUUGGACGUCAUCUACCCCAGCGGCGUCUUUGCGGGCGGCUUCCUCGUCGUCUCCACCAGAUGGCCCGCGUACUGGGCAGCCGUCAGGCAUUGGUCCGACCUGUCCGAGGUCAUCUGCGCCGCCCCCUUCAUCGCCCUGACCGUAUGGGGCUUUCCCAAGCUGAUCCGCAGCUUCCUCGUCCCCAGUCCAGCCCCGCCACAAACACACAGCAUCACAGGCGUAACAGAAGAUCCUCAAUCGCUCCAGCGAUCCUCGAAAGACCAGGUCGAAAGUGCCAGGCACAUUGCUGAAUAG